CGCGUCGUCUCCUCGAAGGUUCCUAAAGAUCCACUCGGCGCGCCCGGAUCUGGUUUCUGACAUCCUGAGACAAGCCAGUGCGAUCAGACAGGACAGCAGGAUGAACGCUCACUGAUCCAGCAUCUGCACGCAAGCAACUCAAGAGCCAGACUUUCACAGCACAUUCAGGCGUUACGUAAAGAUCGUGGUGGUUUGAUUCCAGAACAUCCCCCCCUCACACACAAUGACGUCCUCUAUGCUUCGGCGACAGCUAAAGAACCUGGUCCAGAACUACUCUGAGGCUGAGGUCAAGGUGAGAGAGGCUACGUCUAAUGACCCAUGGGGCCCCUCCAGCACUCAGAUGGCCGACCUCUCUGACCUGACCUACAACGUGGUGGCCUGCAACGAAAUCAUGACAAUGCUCUGGAAACGGCUGAAAGACGACAAGAACUGGAGACACAUCCACAAGUCCCUGACCCUGCUGGAGUAUCUAUUAAAGACUGGUGACGAUCGGGUGCUUCUGAAAAUGAAAGACAGCAUCUACAUCGUCAAAGCCCUCACAGAAUACCGCUUUGUGGAAAAAGAUGGCAAAGAUCAGGGUGGGACUGUAAGAGAGAAGGCCAAGGUUGUCCUUGUUCUAAUGGAGGACGAUGAAAAGCUAAAGGAAGAAAGAGACUUUGCCGUGAAGACCAGAGAGAAGACAUCAAAAAGCUCAGCAGCCUCGUCCUUGGAUGUCGUCAAGGAUCCUAGCUACACGCCAUGCUAUGUUGCCGGGGCCUCAGGGCUCCCAUCCUUAGACAACAUACCCUCAGUGGCUGACUUGACUGCUUCCUUCACCGCCCGCAAAGAGGAACGGAUUCGUCAGGAAACCGAGAAGAAAGAAACUGAGAGAAGGGCUAAGCUGAGUGAAGAUGAGCUGAAAUGGGAAGAUGCAGGCAAAGACACAAGCGUCAAAGUUGUUGCUCGGAAAGAAGAGAAGGAAGAGAAAGAGGAGGUGAAGCCAGGUCCAUGGGGAGCGCCCAAAGAACCUAAAGAGGCCACAGAUCCAUGGGGCAAACCCACAACACCGGACACCACUGAAAAAGCAGCUAGCAGUUAUCCUUGGGGGGGUUCAACUGAAGCUGAUGACCAAUUUGCAGCACCUAAAACGGAUGAGGAUCCAUUUGCUGCACCACAGAAUGGAGAAGAUCCUUUUGUAGCAUCGAAAGAUGAACAAUAUCCCUUCAACGCCCCAAAAGACGAUCCCUUCAACGCCCCAAAAGACGAUCCCUUCAACGCCCCAAAAGACGAUCCCUUCAACGCCCCAAAAGACGAUCCCUUCAACGCCCCAAAAGACGAUCCCUUCAACGCCCCAAAAGACGAUCCCUUCAACGCCCCAAAAGACGAUCCCUUCAACGCCCCCAAAGACGAUCCCUUCAACGCCCCUAAGGACGAUCCCUUCAACGCCCCUCAGGACGAUCCCUUCAACUCCCCAAAAGACGAUCCCUUCAACUCCCCAAAAGACGAUCCCUUCAACGCCCCUAAGGAUGAUCCCUUCAACGCCCCAAAAGAGGAUCCCUUCAACGCCCCAAAAGAGGAUCCCUUCAACGCCCCCAAAGACGAUCCCUUCAACGCCCCCAAAGACGAUCCCUUCAAUGCCCCCAAAGACGAUCCCUUCAACUCCCCAAAAGACGAUCCCUUCAACGCCCCCAAAGACGAUCCCUUCAACGCCCCCAAAGACGAUCCCUUCAAUGCCCCCAAAGACGAUCCCUUCAACUCCCCAAAAGACGAUCCCUUCAACUCCCCAAAAGACGAUCCCUUCAACUCCCCAAAAGACGAUCCCUUCAACUCCCCAAAAGAGGAUCCCUUCAACGCUCCAAAAGAGGAUCCCUUCAACGCCCCCAAAGACGAUCCUUUUAAUGCUUCUAAGGACGAUCUCUUCACUGCACCAGCAUCAACACCCCCUAAAGAAGAUCCUAUAUCUGCUCCAUCAAAGCCAAUAGAAGAUGACCCCUUUGGGUCUCCAACAACACCACCUCAAGGGGAUUCUUUCUCUGCAUCAUCCCAACCGACUAAGGAUGAUCCCUUCUCUGCACCAACAACAUCCCCCAAAGAGGAUCCCUUCUUUGCACCGUCCAAACCUGCACAAGAUUAUGCCUUCACUGCGCCAACAACACCCCCCAAAGAGGACCCAUUCCCAUCUAGUGCACUAAAGAAUGAUGCCUCAGAUCCCUUCGGUGCUCCUGCUGCAACAUCCCCCCAGGAGAGUGCUGAUGCAUGGGGGGCCCCUGCCAGCUCUCCACCUGCUACUGUGUCAGAUCCCUGGGAGACACCAUCGACUCCAAAGGAAGCAAACAGUGGAGAUCCUUGGGGAGAUGAGGCCCCUGUGACCUCAGCCACUAAUAAUUCUGAUCCAUUCGGGGAUGCAUCGCAACCGGACAAUGACCCAUGGGGAGCCCCAGCUUCAGCUCCAGCCAGCACAGACGAUGCGUGGGGGUCAGCUGCUCCACCCUCGGCCUCCUCACCAGCCAAUGACCCCUUCGGAGAUGGAGCAUCCAAAGCCAAUGACCCCUGGGGUAAAUCAAGCAAUGCAACUAGCAAUGCCACAGGAAAGCGAACAAUGCACAAAGAGGAGACGUACAGAAAGACUGCUCAUUUCUUGGGCUCGGCGGGGGCGUCGCUGGUUGACUUGGACGAUCUAUGUUCUUCAAACGCCACAAAAUGCUCCCUCACCAACGCGCCCGCCGCCCACACACAAGCCAUCGGCCUGUUCAAAUCCAUGUUGCCAGACCCUGGGCUCAGAUCAGGGGCUGUUGCAGGGGUGUCCCUUCCUGAUACCCCCCCCUUACCUUGGAGUCCUUUUGGUGCCACCCUUAUGUCCUCCCACGGCGCAUCUUCUGCUAAUCCGUCCAGUGAACCCCCCCAUUUUCAGCUACCAUGCUACGAUAUGGGAGCAUCCUAUUCAGGCUUCGGUGCGCUUCAGGCAGCACCAGCAACUACAACAACACCACCUGUUUCUGGGGGACCUCACAUGAAGAACCCCUGUUGGGGAGUUGGACCGGUGCAGACUGGACGUCCUGUAGGGAAUCCCUGGGCAUCCCCCCCUUUUUUGGAAACAGGAAUGGGUCAGUCCAGUUUCUUUGGAGGGAAUCUUCAAACGGGAGGAUCCACUCCGUCGGCCGCAGGUGGAGUCACGAUGCAGCCACAGCUGCUGUCAGGCAGCGGGCUGAGUGAGACCGGGGGGAAACACAAUAAUCCAUUCCUGUUCUGACAUGUGAUUGAUUUGGAAAUGUGGUAAAGAAGCACACGGUGUAGGUUCACAUGUUUCAGCCCUUUAUUCUGCAUCAUCACCAUUUCUAAGCCAUAAGAUCACAGAUUGUGUUAAUGUGUACGUUACAGCUUGUGUGUGUUGUUAAAUUAAUCAAGGAGGGUUUUCAAAAAGGAAGAAAUCAGUGGCUUCCUUGAAAGUGCAAAAACGAUAAAUGGCAAAUAGAUGUAUUAUUAACAGGCAGUGGUAUGUACCUGCACCUUAAAGGGCCCAAACAUGCAGAACCACAUGUUGAUGCCUCCAUUGAACCCAUCAAUUCCACCUGCUCCCCCCCCAGGGUCCAGUUAAUGUAACAGCCAUGGGGUUGAUGUAUACAGAGUAAUAUUUAAACUGUGUGUAAAGCUGUGUACUUCUAAUUUGAAACAAAUCUAUCGCAUCAGCAAGUUGAUUUUUUUUUUUUUCCCCCAUGCUUAAGUUUUGGAAACUGAUUGCGUGUAUGUGUGUGUCUGUGGGACCAGUGAAGAAUUGUGUGUGUAUUUGCUGUAUAUUGUGCUGAUGUAAAUAGUGAAAGAAAUCACAGAUAAACCUUGAAAUAUACUUUAUAUAAGAGCGUUACAAUCCCGAGUAACUAUUUAUUGAUCUAUUUAUGGAUUGAUUCAUUGCUUGAUUAUUUAUUCGGCAGCCAUGGCCUCAAACAACUGGUUCAAUCUGAUUCCAGUGAUCACAUGUUCAGCGGUGACGGUAUCUGGUCACAUUGCAUCACCAAUCAAUUCAGUAACCAGCGGUGGCUUGAACUUCCCUGUGUCGUUCUCUCUGUCUCUCGAGGCAGAAAUGUGUUGUGUGAUGUUCAGCUGCAGCGUUGGCUCAUUAAAAACAGAAUUCUGACCUGCAUGCUGUCCGAGCAGAAUCCUUCUCUGUAUGAAAUAUCACACAUCUGAACAUGAAGGCUUAAAGACUGCACCUGAAGUCGCUCUGCAGACAUCUGCUUCUCUACGGCUCAAGAAGUAACAUGAACAGCAGCAGGAUUAAUGGUAGUGCAUGAGAUCCAGGCUCAGCUUGAACCAUGAAACAGACAUUCACAUCUCUUCAUGUCCUUCAUGUAUGUCUGAUUCCUUAAUAUGAACUGGUGGGAAAAUGGACUAAAAAGACCAUAAACUAUUAGUUUGUUCCAGUAGAGGAUGAUUCGACUGAAAGAACAUUAGACCAUAACACUAUUAUUAUUUCUCAACUUUAAUUUAGACAGAAUUAAUUUAUUUUGCUCUGUAUCCAGAUUUAAAGUUGUGUUGUGAACUGUGACAGUAUAAAGAACAUUUGAGAAAUAAACUGACACAAUAAGCGA